UACACGCCCUUUGACUUGACAGGGGGAAAAGUUUUAAGGAAGAAAAAAACUAAAUCACGGAAGAGAGUUUGCAGUUCUACUAGUUUGACAAGUUCUCCGGACUCAAAGCUGCGUGUUGAGGCGGGGAAGAGCGCACAAAUCCUCUAUUUGCGCACAUUUGCAGGCUUCUGUCGCCCCACACACUCAACACGAAAGGAGCCAUGGAGGCAGCCAUCCAGACAAUGGUCAAGGUCUUCCUGAAGUCAUCCAAGGGAAAGGAGAGUCUGGGGAAAAAAGAGUUCCAGAACCUUGUCAAGUCCCAGCUCAGCAACAUCCUGACGGACACGGACAGUAAGGAGGCCGUCAACAACAUGGGCCAGGGGUUGGACGCCGACCAGGAUGGCAAGGUCGGCUUUGAGGAGUUCCUGAAGCUGGUGGGCUACCUGGCGGUUUCACUGAGCGAGCAGCGCGCCAAUGCCAACAACGAGCAAACUGAAGUGGCCAACAACGACACGGCCAAAGUCAAUGCCGAGGCUAACAGUGAGGCCAAGCCAGAGGCAGCUGAGGUCACCAAAGCAGAAGGGGUGGUGCCUGUGAAGGUGGAGGCUAAUGCUGGUGGAAAUGCAGUCAAGGUAGAAGUUAAGGCAGAAGGCCAAACGGCUAAGGAGGAGGAGAAGCCAGCUGAUGCAGCAGCAUCUCUGUCUGGAGCAUUAGCGGAGGUGCCAGCCGUGCUCGAGGUAGCAGCGGCAGAGAAGCCGGUGAGCGUCGAGAUCGCUGCUCCCGAGAAGCCGGCGGCGAUCAAAGUCUCUGCCGCAGGGCUUCCCGCAGCAACGGAGAAGUUGGCGACCGAAGUUGAAGUGGCUGUGAAAGAGGUGGUGACGGUGGAGACAGAAAAGGUGGAGGAGGAAGUGGAGAAGGCAGCUGCUGUCGUGGAGGAGGAAGUAGAGAAGAAGAUUGAGGAGGCGACAUCAUAGGGGACAGUCCUGAUUUUGCACAAAUCACUCACAUCUAACACAUUAACACCAGAACAAGUAGGUAAACCACUAUUGCGGUUCCACAAGUCUUCGAUAACUUCAAGCGUUCCACAAAAGCAGAUGCAUCAUUCCAUCAUGUUGCUGCCACCAGUAUGUUUAUAUGUACAGGUUGUGCCCCCCACACUAGCCAAUUACCUCAUGAUUACGACAGUGACAACAUGGUGGCCAGAAUGUGCGAUGCUAGUUCUCUCACUCCAUGGCGUGUUCAUGCUUUGAAUGAGUGAAAUUGACUGGUUCCCACCGGAUGAAAGAAAUACAUUUAGACGUGGGUGUGUUCAAAAUGUGGCCAUUACACUAAAGCGAGCUGCAAAAAAAAAAAAAUCUCCCGUUCACACUCCCUUGUAAAUCCCAGUUCAUCUUGUUGUAAUGUGUUAGUACUUUACAAAAUUCAACCCAAGAACAUGUUUACAUUUUACAUGAUGCCACACAAAGUAGAAAUUCAAACCUUGCUUAGCAUUUAAAUUCAAAGUGUAAGCAGUACUAUUUAGUCUUGAGCUUCCGCCCUGGAUCCUGUUGUGCUAACUAAUCCUGAGACUGUUGUGAUCAUCGGACUCUUUUCAUUUACUCUUUCGUCCGGGUGACAUGGCACUCUUUUGAAAGAUGUCUGCAAAUUCUCAGAUUUUUGUCUUCCCUCCUAAAACCCUUUAGUGCUGUCGCGGCAUGGCCAUAAACCAAUGGUUCGUCUUGAGCCUCCCAUGACUUCAGCUGUGUUCCAUGUGCUCCCCACCUCUCUGCCUUUGUUUAGCCGAUUAUUAAGCUCAGUGUACACGAUGCGAUGAAAUUUAGAUAACGUCACACAUUCAGUCAAUUCAUGUUGAGGCCGCGCCAUGUUCCAGGGCCACAUAGACGUCAAAAGAAAUUGAAAAGACCUGCAUUUCUUAUGUAUCUGGCAGAGCUUUUAUCCUUUUAAACAUGGACGAGGUAAAGAUGGCCCAUGUGUCUGGAAGAGGCUACUAAAGGCUAAAUAACUGAAGUCCAGCGAGAGACCCAAACUGGAGGAAAGGGAGUCAAAAAUAAUGCUGCAAGAGCAUCGUUCAGAGAAGAGUGCGCAUGUAACCAAAAGCUCCAACCCCCUCCCCGAUUAGAGCUGCUCAGCAGGGACGGCAAACAUGUCAAGAAGAUGUUUGUGAUGUCUCCACAAGCGUUUGUUAGCCUAAAUCAUUAAAGAGCACAUGUGACAGAGAGACUUGAUGUCAGUCCUCACCAGGAGUUUGUUUUUUCGGCCACACCCUCAAACGUCAAGACCCCUUUGGCCUGAAAUAGGAUCCUGUGGACCUGUGAUGCUUUUGGGAAACUACUGGAUAAGAUAGUCAGAUAACACAUGAAGAUGGUGGUGAUGGUGUCAUGAUGUGAAUACUGAGCCAUAGUUUUGUCAUUCAUUUGCUUCAUUCGUUCAUCUAUUAUUGCGUCUCUGCUCGUCAGGGUAACUGUUGCACAGCAGAAUCCAAACCAUCUCAAAUCUCAACCAUCUCAAACCAUAGCCAGUGACUCAGAGGCGCGACCCCCGUGCUCUGAUCUCAAUGAAUGAAUGACACUCAUGUAACAAGUACACAUAAUGCAUGCUCUCUAUAUGUGCCUUAUAUAAACCUGCUAGUUAAAUAUUGUAAACUAACACUAACCCACUCGGACCACUACGGAUAUCACUUGAAAAUGUAUUGUCUUACUUCAUAUGUUUAUUAUGAUUUUUGUAUUGUCUCGUCGUCACUGAUGCAGCUAUGAGGAGAGAAAGGCUCGCUCUGUCAUCUCCGUGUGCCGAGGUGCAGCACCUGAACGCUGCUGAGCAAAUAAGGCUGAGUCAUGUGUUCACGCCCUCACUGUGACACUCCCAUUGUAAAUAGUCCUCCUGCGUGGUGACUAACAAGCCAAGUGGUCGGGCUCAUACCUAUAAACGUGUGUAAUAAUAUAUCGCUCACUUAACAAGGUACUUGGUAACAUUCGCUCCUGCUCAUGAUGCACAGGGACCAAAGGGAACGCUCCGCUGGUGCGCGUACUCAUCAGCUAGCCGACUGUGGCGGUGUGGAGCUACGAGCUGACUGUGAUUCUCUUUGGUGAACCCCACCCAUGUCGAUUAAAAACAUGCUCCAACCAAGCGCAGGCGAUUCGCAGCAGGGAGUGUUUGCUGCCAGAUUUUCAUUGCAACACAAUACAGCUCAUUCAUGGCCAGAUAGAGAGGAGAUAAAAGUCUGCCAUGAGGCUCCUCCCACCGGAGAUGAGUGCACAUACAAUGGGGUCGGCAUGUUUGUUAUCAUGGGACAGUUUUCCUGGACGUUGCACAGAUAGAUUUAGAGGGGGUCUUCUUUAGUCGGACUUGUUCUGCGAUUGAAAGCAAAUUUACCUUUUUCCCUCUUGAUGUUAUAGCUGAACCUUUGUUCUGUUAAUCAAUGUCAGAUAUUGAAUAAAACUGUGAUUAACCAACGUUGAG